AUCGACCGGGCGAUUUUGGUUAAAAUAUUCAAAAUGGCGGACGGAGGAGCAGCGAGUCAAGAUGAGAGUUCAUCCGCGGCGGCGGCAGCAGCAGAUUCAAGAAUGAACAAUCCGUCAGAAACCACUAAGUCAUCUAUGGAGAGUGGAGAUGGCAGCACUGGCACACAAACGAAUGGCCUGGACUUUCAGAAACAGCCUGUGCCUGUUGGAGGAGCAAUCUCAACAGCCCAGGCCCAGGCUUUCCUUGGACAUCUCCACCAGGUCCAGCUCGCUGGGACAAGUUUACAGGCUGCUGCUCAAUCUUUAAACAUUCAGUCCAAAUCUAGUGAAGACUCGGGGGACCCGCAGCAGCCAAGCCAGCCUUCGCAGCAGCAGCAGCAGCCGCCGCCUCCCGUGCAGUCCGCCAUCCCCCAGACCCAGCUCAUGCUGGCUGGGGGGCAGAUAACGGGGCUCACGUUGACACCAGCGCAGCAGCAGCUACUACUGCAGCAGGCCCAGGCCCAGGCCCAGCUCCUGGCCGCUGCUGUGCAGCAGCACUCGGCCAGCCAACAGCACAGUGCUGCUGGGGCCACCAUCUCAGCCUCCGCUGCCACGCCCAUGACACAGAUCCCCCUGUCGCAGCCCAUCCAGAUUGCACAGGAUCUUCAACAAUUGCAACAGCUUCAACAGCAAAAUCUCAACUUGCAACAGUUUGUGUUGGUGCAUCCGACCACCAACUUGCAACCAGCACAGUUUAUCAUCUCACAGACGCCCCAGGGCCAGCAGGGUCUCCUGCAAGCGCAAAAUCUUUUAACGCAACUACCUCAGCAAAGCCAAGCCAACCUCCUACAACCACAGCCAAGCAUCACCCUCACCUCCCAGCCAGCCACCCCAACUCGCACAAUAGCAGCGACCCCAAUUCAGACCCUUCAACAGAGCCAGACGACACCAAAGCGAAUUGAUACUCCCAGCUUGGAGGAGCCCAGUGACCUUGAGGAGCUUGAGCAGUUCGCCAAGACCUUCAAACAAAGACGAAUCAAACUUGGAUUCACUCAGGGCGAUGUUGGGCUUGCUAUGGGGAAAUUAUAUGGAAAUGACUUCAGCCAAACCACCAUCUCUCGCUUUGAAGCCUUGAACCUCAGCUUUAAGAACAUGUGCAAGUUAAAGCCACUUUUAGAGAAGUGGCUAAAUGAUGCAGAGAACCUCUCAUCUGAUUCUACAGCAUCUAGCCCAAGUGCCCUAAAUUCGCCAGGGUUAGGGGCUGAGGGCUUGAAUCGUAGGAGGAAAAAACGCACCAGCAUAGAGACCAACAUCCGUGUGGCCUUAGAGAAGAGUUUCAUGGAGGUCAGUGAGCUCAGUGGGCAUCACCAAUACUACUGCAAGAGAAAUAGGAAAGUACAUUUAUCUUCCUAUAAAACCAAGGGGCUAGAUCUUAGAAGAGGAUGCAUUGGGGAAGUCCUUUUGAGUCUACUGGACAGGUUCACCACAGCAGCAGGCACUACAGACACCACAUCCAACAACACAGCCACCGUGAUUUCCACAGCACCCCCUGCUUCGUCAGCAGUCACCUCUCCCUCCUUGAGUCCCUCCCCUUCUGCCUCAGCCUCCACCUCUGAGGCCUCGAGUGCCAGUGAGACCAGCACAACACAGACCACCUCCACGCCUCUUCCCUCCCCUCUCGGGGCCAGCCAGGUGAUGGUGACAGCAUCUGGCUUGCAAACAGCAGCAGCUGCUGCUCUCCAAGGAGCUGCACAGUUGCCAGCAAAUGCCAGUCUUGCUGCCAUGGCUGCUGCUGCAGGACUCAACCCCGGCCUGAUGGCACCCUCACAGUUUGCUGCUGGAGGUGCCUUACUCAGUCUCAAUCCGGGGACUCUGGGCGGUGCUCUCAGCCCAGCCCUAAUGAGCAACAGUACACUGGCUACCAUUCAAGCUCUUGCUUCUAGUGGUUCUCUUCCAAUAACGUCACUGGAUGCAACUGGGAACCUGGUAUUUGCCAAUGCGGGAGGAGCCCCAAACAUCGUGACUGCCCCUCUGUUCCUGAAUCCUCAGAACCUCUCUCUGCUCACCAGCAACCCAGUAAGCUUGGUUUCUGCCGCCGCAGCCUCCACAGGGAACUCCGCACCUGCAGCCAGCCUUCAUGCCUCCUCCACCUCUGCUGAGUCCAUCCAGAACUCUCUCUUCACAGUAGCCUCUGCCAGUGGGGCUGCUUCCACCACCACCACUGCCUCCAAGGCACAGUGAGCUGGGCGCAGAGCUGGGCUGCCCCUGGCCUUCAGCACCACAGCGUGAUGGGCUGCCAGCUGUGGAGAAACUGACAAGUGUGAUCGGCUUCCUCCCACCGUGUUGUGAGGAUGAGGGAGACAUGGAGAGAAGAAAAAAUACACAUACCAGGAAAAAAAAAAUGGAGACAGGACAUCGUUUGCCUAAUUUUAUAAUAAAACAAUGUCUUUUCAGGAUUGCUUCAUGGAUUGGAGAACUUUCUAACCAAAAAUUUAAAAGAAAAAAAAAAAACAGAAACAAAAAAAUCAAAAACAGACAGACAAAAAUAAAUGAAAGGACUACUUAUCAUUUCCAGCAGUCAUGAUGACAAGCUAAGGUGGGUUACCAGUUCCAAUAGAGGAAGGGGUUUCUUAUUUGUUCUUUCUUUUUUUUUCUUUUUUUUUUUUCUUAAAAAAAAAUCAUUUUUAUAGGUCUGUUGUACAGGCCAUUAAGUCAUAACAAGGUGUUUAUAAUCGUAUCAAUUGUGUUGGGGGUUCCUUUUCUUAACUGGUACAAUUUAGGCAGGCCUGUAUUACUGUAUCUCUGUUAUUGUUUAUAUAUAUAUAUAUAUAUAUUGGACAUGUUUAUCUCUUGCUCCUGGAUCCUAUUUCAGUGAGCUCCCACACUGUGGGGAGGGAGGGUUGGGGGUAAAGGGAGACUUGCGUUCUUCACUUCCAGGAAUGUCCUUGCUGGUUUCCUUAUCCUUGAUGACUCUUACAGAGGUGCUAGAAAAUGGUUUUCUUUUGCCACUUAUGCAAGAGGCUUGGUGCAGAAGCUGAAGGCAGUGUGUGCAAACACUCCCCUCCACACACGCCCUCCCCCAUCAGGCGGUGCCUUUGGAGCACUUGUGUAGGAAGGAAUUCCUGCUGCACUGGAGCGCUCACUCCCUAACCAUUGAGCAGCCCUGAGGCCCAGCCCUGAGGCCCAACAGUGCUGCUUUCUGCUACUUUGAAUGGGAACGGCUGUGCCUGUUGCAGGGCAGGGGUUGGUUCCGAAGAGCAAAGACUACUGCAGACACCUGACUUGGUGGUUCUCCUCAUUUCUGUCUCUUCAAAAAAUGCUCCUACUGUUGAUGUUUGUUUGUUUGUUUGUUUGCUUGUUGGUUUGUUUUCAUUUAUGGAGGUUUUCCAUCCAAACUUCCUUUGACUUUCUUAGUCAAGACCAAAUUGACUUACUGAAAUUGGGAAAGAAUUCUCUUCUUUAUUUUCUAAAGAACUUCUGUUUGACUGUUUUCUACUAAUUACAUAUCCCAAAAAGGUCAAUAUAGAGUCUGAAUUUGCCACCUUUACCUCUAGAGCAGCAGUUCUCACCUGAAAGUCUCGACCCCUUAGGGGGGUCGAACAGCUAUUUCACAGGGGUCACUAAGACCAUCUGCAAAUCAGAUAUUUACAUUACAAUUCAUAACAGUAGCAAAAUUACAGUUUAGAAGUUUCAAUGGAAAUAACUUUAUGGUUGGGGGUCACCACAACAUGAGGAACUGUAUUAAAGGGUCACAGCCUUAGGAAGGUUGAGAACCACUGCUCUAGAGUCACAAGACUUCCUGUCCACUGAGUGGCUCAUAAGCUCCUCUAAGCCUCAGAUUUUCCUCAGUUUUCUGACUGACAGGUACUUUCCUGACUGAACAAGAAAUCUAUAGACCCUCAGAGAAAGGCUGAGCAGGGACUUGGCGGCCUGCUAGUGUCUCCUGGUUUGUUAGGACGCUGCUGCUAGGUAGGUUUGGUAUCAGACAGCACACGUCUCUUACUGGAUGUAAAAAAGUGAUUUGCUCCUGUAAUUGUUUUCAGGGUGUUUCUAGACUACAUAAAUGAGCCCAUUGAAAAGGAAGAGCUUGUGAAAAUGGAUGAAGAUGGAUGAGGGUAAUUUAGAGAUUGAAUUCCCCUUUUGACAAUGCCCUGUUAUUAUACUAUCUGUACCAGAAUUUUCACCACUGGCUGGGUCGCUGCAGUGAAGUUCAUCUAAGUUGCCCUUACUGGAGUUAAGGUCCCCAUUGGUGUCAGAGGCGCUUGCUUCGGUCUCUGGUGGUCUGCACUGAGCUGGGGUGGCUUUCCUUCUGAUUGCUCUGCUUGUGUCCCUAGGAAGCUUGGCUUCUGUGCAUUUGUCCCCACUGUUGCUCAGAAAGACAGUGACACAGACACAGCUGGGUAUCUUUCCCUGUGAGUCAGUUAGAAGAAGGCCAUGUUAACAUUAAAGUCAGAAGCAUAUAGGUCCCCCUUUAAAUUUGUCUUUAGUUCCCUUGGUUUCUGUCUUGGAUAUUUAAUUUUUACACCCGAAUUUCUCCUACCCUUACCUUUUCUUAAACUCCCUCUAGAAAUCAGUGAACUGCAAGCAGGGGAGCUAACACGUGCUCGGCACUUGUUCUGUAUGGGGUGGGUGUUUUGUUUUGUUUUGUUCUUUAAACUAAGCUUGAACCAAAGUCAAUUUUUAGCAAGCUGCUGUACUAAUGGACUAGUUAUGAUGUGCAGUUCAAACACAUUGAGGAGAUAGAUGCUACUGACAAUUUCUUAUUCAUUUUCUUUGAUUAAUUUUAUGUGAAAGUUGCUGCUUGUUUUUAAUCUUUUAUGUUGGUAAGUUGUAAUAUCCUCUGGGCAGACGUUACCUUGAUUUUUAGCUAGUUUGUCUAGGUCAGCGUGUAAAUAGAAUGUCUGUGUCAGUGAAUAACUUCUCUCCUCCCCGUCGGCUCUUUCUUGUUAAUUUAAUCUUUUACCUGGACUUAACUCUAACCUUAGUCUGUGCAUGUGAUUAUAGGGCUGUCAGUACUAUUUCUGCUCCUAGCAGAGAGUCCUCUCCCUUGGGAGUGAUGACGUUAGGAGGAAGAAUUCAGGGAGAGAAAUAUUGAUUAGCCACCAUACCAGAUUAGAAGUUAUAGCAUUAAUUCCCAAAAUUGCUACCAAAGGAAAUAUAGAGUCUCAAGGGACCUGGCCCAGGGAGUUGAAAAGGACAGAGAAAGACUGUUUUGCUUAGUCCUAUAUGGUGAAAAGAAUCUUUUUCCUAACUAAGAUUCCCCACAGACUUGGAUUUUAAAGACGAUACUAAGCUUUAAAUGGCAGCCCAGUGGUUGUCAGUCCCUCCUUUGUCUGUAGUUUCUAGCUGGUUCGAGAAAGGAGUGCUGCCUUUUUAUGUAGUUCAUUUGAGGAUAGACCUCAAAGCCAGCAUAGAUGCGUAUUGAGAAGAAAUGCGUAUUGAGACAAAGAUAACUUUAUUUUUUCCUCUCCUUUUUCAUAUAUUCCUAAUGAAGUUGUCAAGUGAAAGGCACUUUCUCCGUGUAUACAUGACACACUACUAACACCCGCUGGUGGGUGUUGAGUUGAAAGUCCAUCACCACUCGUCAGUGCUCUGUCGGGCACACUGCUUCACAAACACCUUGGCUAUUUUUCAGUUGAUACCACCUUUUUUUUUUUAAUGAUCUCAAAUGCUUUUUGAAUUAGCAAAAAACUAUCUUUUAAGCUAAAGUACUCAGACUUAAAACAUUUAGCUGCCUUGUACGAGGGUGUCUAGAAACUAAAGGGAUCAUUUGAAUAAAGGGCAUUGGGUUGAGUUUCUGCAUUUCCAGAAGAAACACCAGAUAGGUUGUUACAACUUGUUAUUUCAUUCUUCUUUUUUUCCCCUUGACAUUUAUGCACACUUUAUUUCAGCCCUGAAUUUAGUUAACACAUAGUAAGCCAAAGACUAAUUUUUAAAUGCAUUUUUAGGGAUACUGUAUUUGCCUGUAAUAACGGGUCCUCCCUGGAGAGUAGUGAAUGUAAUUGUUUAGUCCUGUUUAAGCAAUGCGGUUUGGCAUAAACUUUAUUUAUUCCCUAUGUAAAUCUGAAUGACAACAGAAAGAUCUAUAAGGCUUCUCAUAGGAGCAAGAUUACUGUUCUAGGAAUCAGUAGAGUGCUCUGUUAGCUUGAAUGUCUCUGAAGUCCUAUAGGCAGCUCCUUAGAAUGAGGAAACAUUAUUCCUACCCAUUAAUUUCCUUUUAUCUGUUGUCAGGAAGGUCAAUACCAUCCUGUUUAUGUAACUUAUUACUCCAGAAUGGAACCAAAGGAAUACAGCUUUUAUCUUGUGUAGGACCAACCUAUUUAUACUUCAUAAACUUUAUUAGAAUUUUUUUAAAGGGACAAUAUCAAUUAAAAGAUUUUGGGUGUGAUCAUCUUGCCAAUUUGUUCUAUAUCAUCAUUCAUUUGUUUUAGGGGGAAAAAGCACAAUUAUACCUCUUUAAUAUUGUGUCUAAUAUCUAUCCCGCAAUUAUUUGGGAAGAUAGGGGAAAUAAUCUCUUAUUAUCCAAGAAGCACAGGUUUUUGCUUGACAGUAUUUCAGUUCAACUUAAAUGAUAACAUUUAACUUGCUGGAAGCGCCAGGUACAUUUGUAAAUAUAGGGAUAUUAUGUUAGAAAGAAUACUAUAGUUCACAGUCUGAAGUUCUCAAGCCAUGCCAUCCUCACCAAACUUCCUUGACCAAGAGAGAAAUAAGGUCACUGAAAUAGGAAGCCAUUAGACACCCAUUUGUGUACCUCCCAAGCUGGGAGAAAUGCCACCCUAGAGUGCAGAAGACAGUUUCCUGCUGGCAGCCUGAGCUGGCCCUGGCCCUGAGGAACUCACAGACCAGUCUACAACCUGAGCACAUGGUAAGAAGGAAGGAAGGGCCUUAGCAGCUCAGCAGGAACCCUAAAUUAGUUUCUGAAGUUGAUGAACAUAAAGUGUACUUAUUAGAACUGAAAACAUUAAAGAUUACAGUACUAAUGGGCAGAAAAUACUAAAAGACCUGAAACCCAUAAUUAUCCAAGUGGGCAGAAAUUGAUGUAAUAAUUUAUUCAUAACCAUUAUGAGUUCACUUUGAUUUGUGGGUAUGAACAGCAUUUACCAUGUUAUAUUGUUCAUAUAAAUAGAUCCCUGGCUACUUUGAAAUCAUUUUCAGAUACUUGUAAAAAUAAGACUUAAUAUUAUUUCAAUUUUGAGGAGGAAAAAAUAAUUCUCUGCUAUUUUUCUGAAACUAAGAGCCACUGUAAGUUUACAUGAUGCACCCACAAUGUACACACAGGCCUAAAUAGAAAAGGCAUAACUAAGUUGCUUUCGUUAUUAAAGGCCAAUGGGAUCCUCUUUGCCGCCUCCUCGUCUUCAUCCAUGGAGAAUAGGUAGAAGGUUCUACUAGAAGUCAGGGAACCUGUUCCUCGGAAGUUGUCCAGGCUGCACCCAGUAUCUGCCAUCUUCUCUAAGAUUUGUGACUAGGAUCUUCUCUAAGCGGCAUUCUAGUCACGAAGUAGUUCCUUAUUUUGACUUUCCUGCUCUUGGCCUUGACUAAAGCAGUGAGCUUGAGUGAAUCAUGUGUCAGCUCUGUGAUCUGGAUCUCUCGCCUCUUUUCCUUCCCUUCUUUCUCUUUUUGAAUGGUGGUACCUUAAUCUGUGAGAAUAAUGCUCGUGGGCAACAGCUUCUGGCACCUUCAUAAAAUACCUCAGCGUAGCUUAGCAUUGUUGCAGAACUGGUUUUAGACUUUAAAAACCAAAUAAGUAAAAGGAAAAAAAAAAAAAACUUUAUAAAUAGUGGAAAUAAUUCUAGCUGUAGUAUUUAGUUGAACUAAUGUUUAUUAUGGUUGAUAAAUAUGAUUGAUGCUGUAUGUAUUUGGGAUCCUGUUUAUAGGGUUAGGGAGGGUUGGAGUAGGAGAAAGGAGAAAUUGAUUAUGUUAGAAGGAAAAGAUUGCUCGUAUGUAUUUGUUUUUCUUUAUAUCUGUCUUGCCAAAGGAAAUUUGAUCUUCCCUAUGAUUGGGUGGGGUUUGAGGCCUCUCUGUCAUCUGACAUGCAGCAUAGUAUGCAGAAGCAAGAAGGUGACGUGUGGAGUGUCCAGUAGGUUCAGGGUGCCCAAGGGCAGAUGUGCAACCCUUCCGUGUCUGUGGCUGCCAUGCCCACCCCCCACACCCCCCACACCCCCCGUCCAGACCUGCCGGCCUCUCCUGAUGAUCCAUUACCUCCGUACAUAGCUAAAGCCUAGGCGAAGGAAGGAUGUGUGCAUGUCCAGUGUGCAGAUGAAAGGAGACAGAUAGAGACAUGUACCCAAGGAAGUGGGAGAGGAAUGGAGCGGUAAGUGACAAAUCUUGAUCUAGGAAAAAAUAAGGUGAGAUGAGUCGUCCUCUGUCACGUUAGUGAAUGCUGGGCUAGUAGUCGCCCGUUAUUUUUAAAACCUUAUUUCCUUUUCUUAUACCAAGGAUAAUUCUGUCUAUACCAAAAGACAAACGAAAGAAAACUGAAAUCAAGAAGUUGAAAGCUAGCCUCACACUGUAAUAAGGUGUGGCAUUUAAGGAUUGGUUGAUGAGACAGAAGUAAGAAAUGAUGCUGGUUUAGGGAAAAUUAAAAACCUUUCUGCCCUCAUUCCGAGACAGAUUUUCUUGUCUCCCUGAGUUCUGAUACAAACUAUAUCUCAAUUAUUUUUUUAAUAAAUGUUCCAUCUCACAGAACUUGAGUGAGAUUUGAUUUUGAUACCAAAGACACCGCUAUACCAUUGCUUAUUGUAACACUUUCCAAACAGUCAGAGGAUAGAGCAAAAUGCUAAUGUUGGGAAAAACUUUACCUUGUCUCUGUUCUUCCCAUUUUCUUCACUCCUUCCUCACUCUUUGAAAGACGUCUUAUUGGUCAUUCUGUCUUUGGAAAGGAUUGAUUUUAUCCCUCCCUGCUGCUGCUCUGAAUGUGGGUAGAAUUGCUCAGCAUUACAGUGAUAUUCUUGCCGAGAAAGAAACUAGAGGGGUGCAAAAUUAGUAGUAGAUUUUUUAUUUCCCUUUAUCUAAUUCUUACAAAUCAAAGUAGCCCAUCCAACCUGUUAGAUCACAGUCAAUAUUCAGUUAGGAAGACCAGACUACAUGAAAGCCAAAUGAUGUUUCCUCACUCUCCAGUAGAGCUGUUUGCUCUCUAGUGUUUUUAGGAUAUGGCCUCUGGGAAGCUAAGAAGUUCAUUAUUUAGGCAUACUAUUGAUAAAUGUAGACAGGGAGAGAGGGAAAAGACACGUGUUACUAAUAGUCCAACAAGCGCGAUCGGGUUGCUAAACUUGAUGAAAGCUUUACUUGUUAUUAUUCUGACAUUAUGUAAAAGUAGUGUUAAUGUUGUGUGACUUUUCAAAGCAUUAGGUAGGUUUAUAUGGUAAUAGGGAUAUUAAAAGUAAGAGCACUUGAAACAAAUGCUGUGGGAAAACAAUGUAUGCAUCAUGAACAUCAUUUCGAAAGACUGAAAGUGAAGUUCCCGGGUUCAGGGAAGGAAACAGUUUAUGAUUCUUGUGCAUCCCUGAGUCUGCCCACACUGCACAGGACUCCACCACCCUUGCCACCUUCUGGUUCAAGCCCAGGGCACUGUCAGAAAGUUAAGAACCCCAAACUGAUUCACUGGGGGAAAAGGGAGAAGCUGAGGUCUGCUGUGAAGUUUUCCCAUGUUGUCUUUACUCCGUCACUGUUCAACGUAACCACAACCUCAGAAAGCAGAUCACAGCUUCUUUCCGACAUUGGCAGUGGUGGUGGUCUCCAUCGCCGUACCCCAAGGUGUACAGGCACACAGCUACCUACAGUGCUGUUUCAACAAGGAAGGGUCUGUGCAUGGGAGCUCCUUACGUAAUCUUGUUAGAUAAAAAUGGGCAGUCGGUGCCCAUCCAUCCCUGCCAGUGGCUCGGGGUCUGAGAAUUAAAGGAGGAAACACAAUGCAUUUUCCCACGUAGGUGUGGCUGUGUCUCGUAGGAGCACUGGUAGGUUGGCUGGGGUUCCAUUGCUACGUGAGUCUGCAGAAGGCACAUAUUUUGUAAGAAUGAAGUGAACUAGUUAGUGCUGGCCUGGUUAGGUUUAAAAUGGCAAACAGUGUGGGAAUGGGGUUGGCGUGUUUGCCAAGACUAUGGCCAUAUUACAGCAUUGACUUUAUACAAUAUAAAUGGUAAAUGGCGUCUCCUCUUAAGACCAUAUGGGGAGAGAAAGACUCUUUCCACUCCUUACCUCUGCUUCCAUGGGAAUGUGUGCAUUACUCAGUCCACAGGAGGACUCACCGAGGGAGGUACCCUCUUCCUAGAGUGGGCCUCAGCCAUUCCUCUCCUCUGUGGUAGUAGUGAAGGCUAGGUGAGUAAGUGUGGGGUUUUCUGCCCACCAGUUGUCCAGGAACUGUCGUAUACCUCAUUUCUAACUCGUGACUAAGUA